AUGGAACCGCCCGACCGAACAACUAAUCGAGAUCAAAGGUCAUCCCUGGCUAGCAGCACGUAUUUUAACACAAACGUAAUACCAUUCAACUUACAACCUCUAACCCACCGCUACGCACCAUUAAGUUCCCCAUUGGACUGUAAACGUUUUACCACCAAUCCUGGUGAAAUCGUCGCUCACCCCGCUCUGACGACUUCAUCUCUAUUGGUAAUUAAAUGUCUGCAAUCCAGCUGCCGGGCUUGCACGACAUCAGUGUUCAACACCGAUACUUUACUGCCUUACAACCAUCAUUUACUUAAGACUUAUUGUAAAGAAAAUAGUAAAGGUGGGCGGGGAAGGGACUUAGUGCUAGCUUACUACGAAUAUUCCGGGGCGAUCUGGAUAGGAACUGACAACAAAAAUGCCACUGACAUCGUGAGGAUCACGCGGCCCCCAUCCUGGAAGGCGAGUAGCACCGACAGCACCCAAGCGUUUCGUGAUCUCCUUCAUACUCCUCUGCCAGGUCAAGGUGUUUACGCCACUUUGAAUCGGGCGUGGAAAACAACACUCUCUUCAGCAAACGAUGGUUCGGCAUACGCAACACAUGUCCCAACCAACGCAGCCUCUGGUGCUGGACACAUUAUUCAACCGAAGUACCCGUUGCACAACCGAAAACUCGUCUUCUAA